AUGACGGAAAUCGCAGAGAAGGAUGGGUGGCAGGUUUCCCCCGAACUGAAGGAUGGAAAGUCAAACUCGCCAGAAGACCAAGUCAACAUCAACGAAAGGGCAUUGUUGCGGAAACUCGACUUGCGACUACUUCCACCAUUGACGAUUCUGUACCUUUUGUCGUUCCUCGACCGGAGUAAUGUUGGCAAUGCGCGCCUGGAAGGCAUGGCAGACGACAUCAAUAUGACUGGCGACCAAUAUCUGACCGGUCUAACGCUGUACUUCAUCGGCUACGUUUUAUUCGAAAUUCCAUGCAACAUCGUGCUCAGACGGACCACGCCGCGAAUCUGGCUGCCGACUCUCACGCUCGUCUGGGGAAUUGUCGCCACGCUACUGGGUGUUGUCGAGAACUAUGCCGGAUAUCUCACGUCGCGCACAGCUUUGGGUAUCGCAGAGAGUGGAUUGUUCCCCGGUGUGGUGUUUUAUCUGUCCAUGUGGUAUAAGCGGAAUGAGCAACAUUAUCGCGUCGCGCUGUUCUUCAGCGCUGCUUCGCUUGCUGGUGCUUUUGGUGGAAUUCUCGCUUGGGGCAUUGCGCAUAUGAAAGGUGUUGGUGGAUAUAACGGUUGGCGAUGGAUUUUCAUCUUGGAAGGUCUGUUGACCGUUGUCAUGUCUGUCGCUGCAUACUUCUGGGUGUACAACUACCCUGCAACCGCCGAGUUCCUGUCGGAAGAAGAACGGCAAUUCAUCCACUUCCGUCUGAAAAACGACAAUGAUUCCACGCGGGAAGAGAAGUUCACCUGGUCCGCUGUAAUGGAUGCCUUUAAGGAUCCCAAAGUUUGGCUUUAUGGACUUGGGUUCCAUACAAUGGCGCUUCCGUUGUAUACUCUUUCCCUUUUCAUGCCCACGAUCAUCCAACAACUCGGAUACUCCUCCGCUCAAGCCCAGCUGCUCACCAUCCCUCCCUACGCCGUGGCAUUCGUCCUCUCGAUCAUAGUCGCCGUACUCUCCGAGCGCAUCCACCUCCGCGCACCAUUCAUCAUGGGUUCCUCCGGCCUCGCCAUAAUCGGCUACAUUCUCCUCCUCGCCCAAGACCGACCCGGAGUCUCCUACCUAGGCACUUUCUUCGCCACAGCAGGCGUCUACCCCGCCGUGGCUAUCGUCCUUUCCUGGCCGGCCAACAACGUCUCGGGACAAACGAAACGAGCCAUCGCCAACGCCAUGCAGAUCUCCAUUGGAAACUUGGGUUCCGUGCUGGGAACGCAGCUGUACCGUACCGAGUCAUCACCGAGAUACUUCCUGGGCCAUGGAUUUGCGCUGGGAUACCUUGUGGCUAAUAUCGUUGUCGUGGGUAUUUUGUGGCUUGUUCUGAAGCGGGAGAAUGCGGCCAAGGCCGAGGAGAGAGAACGUUUGGGUUUGAAUGCUUUGAUUGGUGAUAUUGGGGAUUCGGAGGGAGAUUUUCGGGGUGACAUGGAUCCUCGAUGGAUUUUCCAGACUUAA